AUGGAUAUUGAGAUGGUAAAGUGUGAGUGUUGUGGGCUGAAGGAGGAGUGCACGGAGGACUACAUUAACGACGUGAAGGCGAAAUUCGAUGGGAAAUGGUUGUGUGGUUUGUGUUCGGAAGCCGUUAUGGACGAAAUAAAGCGUGGGAAAAGGCAGUCGUGUGGAGUGGACGAGGCCAUUAAGGCGCACAUGUCGUUUUGUGGGAACUACAAAUCGAACCCGGCCGUUCGUGUGGCCGAUGGGAUGAGGCAGAUGUUGAGGAGGAGAUCGGGCGACAUGUCUUCUUCUUCUUCUUCUUCUUCAAAGAAGUACUCAAGAUCAUCAAGCAUGUCACAAGUGGGAUAUUAUUAG